ACGUGCUGUUUCAACUGCGACAGGACACCGUAUAUAUUAGGAAGAAGGGGUUUAAGUGAACACAACAAAACUCAAAACCCCACUCCGCCGCCACAACUCUCUCCUCUGUUACACAACAAAACUCAAAAAUCCUAGUCCGCCGCCACUAGUUGUCUCAAAAUGGCCACUUUUACUCACCACCACCACGGUGCCCUUCUCAAGACACCCCUCUCCGGCCGGGCUCGGAUCCCCGGAUCCAAGGCCAGGCCCGGCCCAUUUAGAGUCCGAAUGUCUCUGCAAGAGACCGGCCCUUCGUUGGCGGUGGUCGGCGUCACCGGCGCGGUGGGUCAGGAGUUCCUGUCGGUCCUCCAAGACCGUGACUUCCCUUUCCGUUCAAUCAAGAUGCUCGCAUCCAAGCGCUCCGCGGGUCAGAAUUUGAACUUCCUGGGUCAAAACUACGUCGUUGAGGAGCUCACCCGUGACAGCUUUGACGACGUCGACAUCGCUCUCUUCAGCGCCGGUGGGUCAAUAAGUAAAGAGUUUGGUCCCCUUGCCGUAGAGCGUGGCACCAUUGUCGUUGAUAAUAGCUCCGCUUUUCGUAUGCAAGAAGGCGUGCCGCUUGUGGUCCCUGAAGUCAAUCCGGAGGCUAUGGAGGGAAUUAAGGUUGGGAGAGGAAAGGGCGCGCUCAUUGCGAACCCUAAUUGCUCCACCAUUAUUUGUUUAAUGGCUGCUACCCCUCUUCAUCGCCAUUCUAAGGUAUUACGUAUGGUGGUUAGUACGUAUCAGGCUGCUAGUGGUGCUGGUGCUGCUGCCAUGAGAGAACUUGAGCAGCAAACUCAUGAGGUCCUGGAAGGGAAGCCGCCAACUUGUAAGAUAUUUCAGCGGCAGUAUGCUUUUAAUUUGUUUUCACACAAUUCGGCAGUUCUUCCAAAUGGAUAUAAUGAAGAGGAAAUGAAAUUAGUCAAGGAGACACGAAAAAUAUGGAAUGACACCAAUGUCAAGGUAACUGCCACAUGUGUACGAGUUCCUGUCAUGCGGGCACAUGCUGAGAGUAUAAAUCUUCAAUUUGAGAACCCCCUUGAUGAGGACACCGCGAGGGAUAUUCUGAAGAAAGCUCCUGGGUUGGUGAUUAUUGAUGACCGGACAUCUAAUAUCCGUCGCGAUGUAUCCCAAGAGGGGAACUAUGGGUUGGACAUCUUUGUCUGUGGUGAUCAAAUACGCAAGGGAGCUGCACUUAAUGCUGUUCAGAUUGCUGAGAUGUUGCUAUAGUUGAACUUUAAUUCCAACCGUGAAACAGGUUUCACAGUAUAAAUCUAUUUGCGAGAAGAGAUGAAGUGAUUUGAGUUGAUUAUACUUUAAUCUGCAGAUGUGGACACGAGAUGAGCUCCAGCAAAUUCAAGCUGUUUUUGUAGAAUAAGAUAUUAGGCUUAUUAGUAAUUAUUCUAAUUUUUAUAAAACAAUGUCAUUCUCAAGUGUUAGCAUAAUAUCCUUCCAUUUUGAGGGGAGUUUUGUUAUAAUAAUCUUGUAUUUAAAGAUAACAAAUUGUAUGUGUGCUGUUCCAAAUGUUGUAUGCCAAAAGAAU